UUAUUUCUUAUCUUUUUCGCAAAUGUCUUAUUGUACAGUAUUUUGUCUCUUGGAUCUCGAGGUUGUCUCAUCUCGGAAAUAAUUGCCAAGCAUCGAGUAGAACGUAUGUCUCUUCAUAGCAUGUCACACAUCCGACAUAGCACAACGAAAGUUCUCGGUCGAGUCUGAUUUCAGCGGGGCUUCAGUUAAAUUCGGAUCCCUUUUGAUCUGUAGCUUAUUUAGAAUUUAGGUUUGCGACGGUCAACAAGAACUAGAAUGGGGGAAAUAGAACGGCUUCAAAUAUUUCGCGACUUAUAUGAUGCAAAUGAGAGAAGCAUAGAUAUUGAUAACAACGGAUAUUUGGACAAGCAUGAUUUCGAGUGCAUGGCAUUAAGAAUGACGAUCAUCGAAGGCAAAGGCGAGUUUAAUUACAGUCGAUACCAAGAAAAUCUUCAUAUCAUGCUCUCUUUAUGGGAUGAAAUAGCUGAUCUGGCAGAUUUUGAUAAGAACGACGUUGUAACGACAGAAGAAUUUAAAAAGGCUAUGCAAAGUAGCUGUGUUGGUCGUUCUUAUAACGAUUUUCCUCAAGCUAUGAAGAUGUUCAUUGAUAGUCACUUCAAAAUACUUGACAUAAAUGAGGACGGCGUAAUUGGAGCUGAAGAAUUUCGAUAUGAUUGUGCUUCAAGGAUUGCUGUGGAUAAUGUAGACAUCCUUGAUAAAGCUUAUCAAAGUCUUUUAAACGAUGAUGACAGAAGACGCGGUGGAUUGAACUUAUCACGUUAUCAAGAAUUAUAUGCGCAAUUUCUCGGUAAUCCUGACGACAAUUGUCCAGCAAUCUAUCUCUUUGGGCCAAUAGGACAAGAGUCAUAACUGAAAUACUCGUCGAAGCGAUGUCAAUCUUUAUUAUAAAAAAUUACCUUUUUAAAAAAAAAAGAUUCGAGCUUCAAGUGGCACAGAAAAAAGGCUUCAAAUGUACACGCUUCUCGAAAAAUAAUUGUUAUGCACAAUUUAAAAAACCCAAGUGAGAUGUAUCUCCUAUUCAAGGGUCUUCUUAUUUCAAUUCAAGCGGCAGUAUUUUUAAA